CAUCAUCUUUACUGCAUUUGUGGCAACUUCUUUGGCCUUUGCAUGUUUCUCGGGAGCAGCUUUGGUUGCAAGGCGCAGGGAGUAUUUGUACCUUGGUGGCCUGGCUUCUUCUGGUUUGUCCAUUCUUCUCUGGUUGCACUUUGCGUCUUCUAUCUUUGGAGGUUCAUUAGCUCUCUUUAAGUUUGAGUUGUAUUUCGGGCUUUUGGUGUUUGUCGGCUACAUUGUAGUAGACACUCAAGAAAUAGUUGAGAGAGCACACUCUGGUGAUCUGGAUUAUGUGAAGCAUGCUUUGACCUUGUUCACUGACUUAGCUGCCAUCUUUGUCCGAAUUCUCAUUAUCUUGGUGAAGAAUUCAGCCGAGAGAAAUGAGAAGAAAAAGAAGAGAAGAAACUAAAUCAACCAGGAGUGAAUAUGUGGAGAUGCCCAUAAAAGCUGUCUAAACGGCUGCCCAGUUAGAACUUGUUACAGAUGUGAAGUUAAUUUGUCGUGUUUAUCUGACUAAACCAUUAGCACUACAUGUUGUUAUGUUUUUUUUUUUUUUUAAUGGUUUUUAAUAAUGGAUAACCAGAUGUAGUAGAACCUUAGUGCUAUGUUUUUAUCGUGGAACAUGAUGUAGAGAUAUUUGUGUACAUGUACACACUAAUGUUACACAUAUGGAUUUAAAAACUCGAUCAUUUUUUACCUGGCUGCUAUACAAAGAACUUGCUGCUUAUUUGUGAA